ACUUCUUAUCACUCAAAACAGAUUAGAAACUACUUCUAAUUGAAACCGAAAAAAAAAAUGUUUACUUUUACCGGAAACAACGAUGAUUUAUUCUCCCGCCGCUGCGUUUGGGUUAACGGUCCGGUCAUAGUCGGCGCCGGUCCUUCGGGCCUUGCCGUCGGUGCCUGCCUUAGGGAACAGGGCGUCCCUUUUGUGGUUGUUGAAAGAGCUGAUUGCAUAGCUUCUCUAUGGCAAAAAAGGACUUAUGAUCGUCUUAAGCUUCAUCUCCCUAAACAAUUCUGCCAACUCCCCAAACACCCAUUUCCCGAUCACUUCCCGGAAUACCCCACCAAGAAACAGUUCAUCGAUUACCUCGAAUCCUACGCAAACAAGUUCGAUAUCAAACCCCAAUUCAACGAGUCAGUUCAGUCCGCUAAGUACGACGAGGCCUGCCGUUUAUGGCGCGUCAAGAGCGUCUCCAAUUUGGACGGCUCCGAAGUGGAGUACAUUUGUCAGUGGUUGGUGGUGGCCACUGGAGAGAAUGCAGAGUGCGUCGUGCCGGAGAUUGACGGUUUGAAGGAAUUUAACGGUGAAGUCCUCCACGCAUCUCAGUAUAAAUCCGGCGAGAGAUUUUCAGGGAAGAAAGUACUCGUUGUGGGUUGCGGAAACUCAGGAAUGGAAGUCUCUCUCGAUCUCUGUAACCACAAUGCAGAGCCGUCAAUGGUGGUUCGCAGCUCUGUUCACGUAAUGCCAAGAGAAAUAUUCGGAAGAUCCAUCUUCGAGUUAGCCACUCUGAUGCUGGCCUGGUUACCCCUGUGGCUGGUGGACAAGUUCAUGCUUCUAUUUUCAUGGUUGAUGUUAGGAAACAUGGAGAAAUACGGUCUCAAGAGGCCAAAGAUGGGGCCUUUGGAGCUGAAGAACGUUAUGGGGAAGACCCCUGUUCUAGACAUCGGCGCAUUGGAGAAGAUUAGAUCCGGAGAGAUUAAGGUUGUACCCGGAAUCACAAGGUUUUCAUCUGGAGCCGUGGAUCUGGUCGACGGUCAGACGUUAGACAUCGAUGCGGUUGUUCUUGCAACUGGGUACCGUAGCAACGUGCCAUACUGGCUUCACGAAACAGAGUUUUUCACAAAAGACGGAUUCCCAAACACCCCGUUCCCAAAUGGGUGGAAAGGAAAGGCGGGUCUUUAUGCAGUCGGGUUCACAAGAAAGGGUCUGGCCGGUGUAUCCAUAGAUGCAUUGAAGAUCUCUCAAGACAUUGGCAAAGUAUGGACAGAAGAUUUGCAGCAGAAGAAACAGAAAGCCCCUCGCCAUAGAAGAUGCAUCUCACAGUUCUAAUCACCCAUUUUUAUCUUUCUUUUUUUUUACUAUUUCAAAAAAGAGUAGAGACAGAUCCAUCAGCUAGCCCUCUCCUGAAGAACCCAAAUUUUGAG